AUGGAGGAGGUUCAGGUUCGCGAGUUCGUGGAGGUGGCCGCUCCUACCGCCGACGAAGCCGCGGAUCCCGUGAUUACCGGCGCGAGCUUCGGCGCUAUCGGCGCCGCAAUAACCGGCGCGGCGAAGAAGGACGAGCCUAAGAAAGGCCUGCUUCCGCUGCUGAUUCCAGUCGCCGUCGCAUCGCCGCUUGUCGCGGCGACCGAGGAAACUGUCACUGUUAGUGGUGCUGACGCGGUUAAAUCCGUUGUUGCUGCCGCUGACCGUUACGUUCCUGCGUCGCCCGGAUCCGAUGCGUUUCACGACGCCACGUGGGAGCUGACGGCGGACGACGACGACGACGCGCCGAGCGGGAUUUCCGGCGCGAAACCCGGCGAGGGCGCCAUGGUGGCGCGAAUCCUGGGAAACUCCGCGGCGAGCGCGGAGGUGGCGGAAGACGCGGAGGAGGGGAAAGCGGAGGAGGCGGAGGAGGGGGAGAAGGCGGAGGAGGCGGAGAAGGGGGAAGGAGAGGGGGAGGAAGGCGAGAAGGAAGAUGAAGAGGAUGACGAAGAGGAGGACGAAGAGGAUGGAGAAGCAAUGGUUUCGUCGCUGCUGCAAAAGGCACGUGACGCGAGCUCCAAUGUCAACGACAUGGCCGCCAGAAGCCUCACCUGA